ACAGAUUUACUAACUAGACAGCGAACUCCCACUGUGAAUAAUUGAAGUUUAAACUUUCAAGCACAGGAAUUCAGGAUUUAACUAUAAAUGGAAUUAAGGAUUUGUUGGUGCUUGAACUAUGGCAAAUGAAGAGCGAUAUCUCCCACCGUGGAUGACGGAAGAACAGUGAUUUUUUGAAGCUUGCAAGAGAUUUUGACAUUAAUGUUACUGGAGCUUUAAAUAGAAUUAUCGAUUUAGGUGAUUACACAAACAAAGUUUUAGAUUUUGACUCGUCUACUAGAUGGAGUAUGGCCAAUUUGGUUCAAAAUUUACUUAAAAAAAAUGUAAAUAAAGAUACAAAUGUUCGUAUGAGCAGUUGGGAAAACACAAAUUUAGAUCAAAAUCAAUGUAUGUAUGCAGCAACUGAUGCUUUUAUAUCCUUAAUAUUGUAUGAACAUCUAAGAAGAUUUGACAAAGAAAAUGAACUCCAGAUUAAUUAAAUUAUUAAAAUUAGGACAAAUGAGUUACGAUUCAUGCCUUAAAUUGCAAAUCCAUUUAUCAGAAUCUUUAAAAACAACAACCAUUAACAAAUGUGGUUAUCUCCUUAUUGUAGAACAUGAACCUGUUUAUACUGUAGGCAUCAGACAAAAAGACUAUAAUCCACUUUUAGAAGAAAAUUUAAUUAAACUGGGCGCAGAAUUCAAACGUACUAACCGAGGCGGUCUAAUCACAUUUCAUGGUCCUGGACAACUGAUUGCUUAUCCAAUUUUAAAUUUAAAAAAAUUUAAUCCUAGCAUUCGUUGGUAUGUUUCAAAUUUAGAAACAACCAUUAAAAACCUUUGCAAUGAGACUUAUGGACUUACUGCAACUACUACAUCCGAUACUGGAGUCUGGAUAGAUAAUCAUAAGAUCUGUGCAAUAGGUGUAAGAUGUAGUCGAUAUGUUACUACACAUGGCCUUGCCUUGAAUUGUAAUACUGACUUAUCCUGGUUCAAACAUAUUGUACCUUGUGGCUUACAUGGUAAAGGAGUUACCUCUCUUAGUACAAUUUUUGAAAAAAACAUUUCUGUCAACGAUGUGUUACCAUAUUUCUUACAACAUUUUUGUAAAUCAUUUUCAUGUGACAUUGUAAGUACUGAAAUUGAUAAAAUAGCUGAAUUCGAUGAAAAAAUAAUUCAUUAGAAUUUACAAUACUAGAAUAUUAUAAAAAGUAGAUUAUUUGUUGUAGAACUUUAUUAAUUUUUUAUCAUAUUAUUUUAUUUGCAUUAAAUGAAAAAUGAAGAAUGAA